AUGCAUUCCUGGAUUGCGCUUCUCGUGGCCGCCCUGACCACCGGCCAGUAUAUCAGCACCAUUGACCCACUGCCCGUCAAAUAUGCGGUGGACGUCGACUUUUUCGCCAAUACGUCGGACCUGUCGGAUCUGACGGCGCCUAAGCUGCAAGCCAUUAACGAUACGGUCUUUGAAUGGUGGUACUUUGACGCGGUCUCAUCGUCCAACCCUAAUGCCUCGGUGGUGCUCACCUUUUUCACCACGACUACCAUAGCAUUUCCCUUUGUGCCGCCCAACCCGUCGUCAGUGCUCCUGACCUAUGUCUGGGCGACGCUGCCGAAUGGCAUCACCGUGGUGGACAAGGUGGUGCCUAGCGAUGCUGCUGUGAUGGGCGAGCAGGACCGGAGCUCGGGCAUCUGGGAGAAUACCGGGGGGUGGAUGGGCCGGGCGACGGGGUAUGAGGCGUGGAUUGGAUGGGAGGGAUCGCGCCUCACGCCACCUUUGUCGCCUUGUUCGACGCCUAAUGGGUUCAAUCUGUCGCUGGAACUGGGGGCAUAUCUGGGAUGGGUGGGACUGGUUCCUGAUGCACAUGCGGUCGUGGACUUGUUGGUCGAUGGCCAUCCGGUGCAGUUUACGGGCUAUGGGUAUCACGAUAAGAACUGGGGAAGCCGACCCUUCCAGAGCAUGGUGGCCACCUGGUCCUGGGGCCACGCACACGUUGGACCCUACUCGAUCGUGUGGAUGCAGUACACCCAGCCUGGGGUCAACUCGACCGUGCCAAUUGCGAGCGCCUACGUGGCACGGGACGGACAGGUGGUACAGUCUGGGUGCGCGGCAGACAUUGUCAGCAUUCAGCAGCGCCACACCAAGACCAGCUACGGAGUGGAGGUGGUGAUGUCGGGGGUGCAUCUACAGGUGCAGGGAACCGUGCAGGUGGCCGGCGAUGGAAAGCAUUACUUCCGAUGGAACGGGGGCGUGUCAGGGGAGAUUCUGGGCGAGCGCGUGGAGGGAGGCGUUGCGGUGUUUGAGGCAUUUGAGCUUGAAUGA